UGACGUUUGGAAAACUGACAUUUUGACGCAUGUAAUUUGAAAUAUCGUCUAUAAAAUCAAUAUGAGGAUAUUUAGUUAUUUGGGGAAAAAAGUCGGUGAUUUGACGAUUAAAUAUUCGAAUUUACCAGAAUCAUACAUUAAGAGGAGCUAUGAACAGGUCUAUUGGAGGAAUCCAAAAGGUUAUCCACAAUACCCGGCAGCACAAGUCGCGCGCAAGAAGUAUCGUUUCACUACACAUAGGCCAUGGACCGCACAGUUUAGACGAGAUAAUGAACCAAAUAAACUACGGAAGAAGGUUUUCUUAGAACCUGUCGGAGAAUGGAGCUUUUUCAAGGGCGACCGUGUUGAAAUAAUGAUAGGAAAAGACAAAGGCAAGCAGGGAAUUAUAAACCAAGUGAUACAGGAGCGCAACUGGGUCUUUGUUGAAGGGCUGAAUACACAUUUACGAGUUGUUGGCAAAGAUAAGAAAUUUCCCGGAGUAACAAUACAAUCUGAAGCACCUCUCCUGGUGACAACUGGAGUGAAGCUGGUUGAUCCAGAGACAUUGAAAGGCACUGACAUUGAAUGGAGAUACACUGAAGAAGGGGAUAAAGUCAGAGUAUCUCUUGCAAGUAGCAGAAUAAUUCCAAUACCAAAAGCUGCGGAAGAAACUAUGGACUUUAAAAGCAAGGCAUUGUAUAUUGAAAACACGGAUAAGGAUACUGCAGCUGCUGAUGUUACAAAGAUUACAUUUCAGCCAAAACUGGCAACAUUUGAAAUGGAUAUUAUGGAAUCUAUGGGUAUCAAAGAAGAUAGAGUCCCUGCAAAAUCUUAUUGGUAUUAAAUAAGGAAAUCUCACCAAUGUUUGUGUUUAGUUCAAAAUAUAUAGUUGUA